CUGGCUCUGGCUCUGGCUCUGGUUCUGUUUCUGUCUGGCUCUUGGGUUCAUUGGGUUCCUCAAAAGCGCCGUGCCCCGUCUUCCUACCCCCAUCCCCUUCCCUCUUGUCUACCGUUUCUGUUUUUGUCGUUUAUAGCUUUUUUUAUAUCUUUUUUUGCUUCAGCAGCAGAAAAGAGACUUGUUAGACGCUGAUUCAGGUCCUGUCAGAUCUCAAUUGCUUGCUCCCCUGCAUCAAAGACACGAGGUCAACGCCCACGCAUCCCGCGCUGUAGCCAUCGAAUCAUUUCUCGCUUCGUUCCGACCUACGACCAAGACGCAGACGCACCGCAGACGCUCGUCCCUCUCUCAACCCUCUUCCGUCCGCCUCUGACUUGAUUGACUGCGCGCCCACUCCCACACCAACUCACGGACCCUUCCCCUCCAGUCCAGUUCCAGUUCAGUCCAUCGCUCUUAGAGGCCCCACCUCCCCGAAGCCUCAGCUUUCUCGUCUGGCCUCUCUAUCAGCCCAGAAUCAGUUUCUACAUACAACAAACUCGAAUUUCCUCGAUUCUGUACAACAACUGUGUAACCGUUAUUUCCGACAAGCCCGUCAAGAUGGGCCUGUUUUCUCGUAAAGACAAGACGCCAAAGGGCGACCAGGCCAUCAACACCUCCCAAUCCAAUGUGAGCGUAAACUCGCAUUCUUCGAGCUUGAGAUCUCCUGCUCCUGGCGCCAACCGCAACCCCCUCAAUCGAACUUCAGCUACCAGUACAUCCCCCGGUGGCCCAAUGUCUCCAGUCAAACUCCCAAAGAUCGAUCUCCCUCGACCUCCGGACCCUCAGCUCGACCCUGCUGGUUACUUGCGAAGUCUUGGUGCUGUGAGAGAGCGAAGCAAGAUUGUCACUGACAAGGCGCUGCGCAAUGAGUUGAAGCAUUUCGAUGUGGAUAUGGGCAAGUUUCCUGAUGUGGUUACUUUUGUUACUGGAAUUAUUAAGCGAGACUAUGAUGCACCCUUCCUCAGCAUUCCUGGCCAUGGCAGAUACCAGCACUUUGCUGUCGGAGGUCGAGAUCGCAUUGCCCAGCUUCUUUCCACCUGGCCCACCAAUGUGGAUAACACAGAGCGAUGCCGACGUUUGAUCGACCUUUUCCUAGUCAGCGUUCUUCUAGAUGCGGGCGCUGGCACUUCCUGGCAAUACAAGAGUAAUGAGAAUGGUCGCGUGUACAGAAGAUCAGAGGGUAUCGCAGUUGCCAGCUUGGAGAUGUUCAAGAGUGGAUUGUUUUCUGGAAACCCCAACAACAAAUUCCAGGUCGACAAGGAUGGUCUCAAGAAUCUCACCGUCGAGAAGCUCGCUGCUGGUCUUCAAUCAAAACCUGGCAAUGAAAUGGCUGGUAUUCAGGGUCGCACCGAUCUCCUGGUCCGCCUGGGAGAAGCUUUAGCCGCUAAGGACGAUUUCUGGGGCUUUGAGGGUCGCCCUGGAUGCUUAAUCGACCAUCUCCUCGGUCACCCCUCAACACAAGCUUCGUCUAUGCUUAUCGUUCCCUUGCCCGUCCUGUGGAACGUCCUAAUGACCGGUCUCGCUCCCAUCUGGCCCGCAAACCGAACCGCGAUCAACGGUGUCUCUCUCGGCGACGCUUGGCCCUGCCAGGCUAUGCCUCAACCUGGCACAUCUCCCAAGGUUUCCGCUUUCCCCAACAGCUCAAACGCCGCUGCUUGGGAAUCUAUUCUUCCUUUCCACAAGCUCACCCAAUGGCUCACCUACUCACUCAUGCAACCGAUGCAACAACUCCUCAAGAUGCACUUUGCCGGAACAGAAUUGCUUACUGGUCUGCCCGAGUAUCGAAACGGUGGUCUUUUCGUCGAUAUGGGUGUAUUGAACUUGAGAAAGGAUGAUUUGGAGAGGGGUCUUCAGAACUACAACGAGUGGGUGCAACGGACAGGCGCCAAGGGCGUCGAGGUGGCACCCAUGUUUGAGCCCAGUGACGAUGUCAUCGUUGAGUGGAGAGGUGUCACAGUCGGGUUUCUCGAUAUGCUGUGCGUCGAGGUCAACAAGGCGCUGAAGCCAGAGCUAGGUGGAAAUGAAUUGACUUUGGCACAGUUGCUAGAGGCCGGUAGCUGGAGGGGCGGCCGCGAGAUUGCUGAGAUCAACAGACCUAAUACCAAGGAGCCCCCGAUCCUUAUCGAGAGCGACGGCACCGUAUUCUAAACAAAGGCGCUGUUUAUAAUCAACAUAUGCCCUUCUUGGAUGUAUUAACUGAAAUGAAACAUUACGGGAGGGGGGAAAUAGAGCGUGAAGCUUGAAAGUUUCUUUUUUUAAACUCGCAUUCAAAGCAUUUAUUCAAAUUAAAACCAGAAGAUGUGUUUUUUGUACUCUUUUUGCCGUAUGCAGCAAAAAGGGUAGUGGGUUUUAUUUUAUUACAGACACAAGCAAGAUGAAUUGAAAUGGAUGGAAUGGGCAAAAGGGAGCUGUAGGGCGGAAAAGAAAUCCUUGGCAGAGGGUUUGCCUAGUUUUAUAAUUGAGACACAAGUAAAGCCACGUCGUUAAAGGCGUUUAUCGCUUAAUUUAUUGAGUUGAACAAUUAAUUGGGAUAGUUGUUUCUAUUACAUCGAUAGAUACAUGCAGACACUUUUAUAUCCAG